AUGUCGAAAAGCUCCUUCAAAGCAUUCGUUGAAUAUAAGGGCCCUGAAGGAGGAUUUCGUGUCAAACUGGCGGACAACGCUGAUGAUCUUUCUGAGGAGGAGGAUGAUGAUCGUACCAGCAGAUGUUAUUCUGAGAUUACCGAUAGCGAAAGCGAUAUACAGCCAUACGGUGCUGCACAAAAACAGCAGGCUGAAGCGAAGAAGAGGCACGAUAAGGCCUGGUUCGCCGCUAAAGAGUUGGUAGACAGUGAAAGGAGAUAUGUCGACAAAUUACGAUUGUUAGAUGAG